CAUACCUAGCAUUGCAACAGACACAAUCUAGUCUUGGUUAGAUACGUGUCUUUCCAGUUUUACUCUUGUAGAAUCGUAGUAGUUAUCAGCGAAAUUGUGAAGUAGCUGCUAUUAAGUUGUCUACGGUACGUGCUAACGGCGAACGUAGUAACUAGCUUGACAGACAGGGUGAGGCGGUUUGAACAAGUCCCUAGAGUGCAUUCAUCAGUAAACCGUGAGUAAUUCUCAGGACUUUUUGACAGUUGAAUAGUUAUGGCCUCCUUUGCUCCACACAACUUCUCCUGGGUGGAGCCAGGCAAACUGGCUGGACUGGCGAUGCCCAGGAUGCCAUGUGAAUACCGGUAUAUGGUGGACAAUGGCAUCAAGCACCUGGUUUGCCUCUGUGAGAGGAAACCACCCAACCAUGACUCAUGCCCAGAGUUACAGCUUCACCACAUCAAGAUAGUUGACUUUACUCCUCCUUCACCCAAUCAGAUUGAUAGAUUCCUCUCUAUUGUGGAAGAGGGCAACUCCAAGGGUGAGGGUGUGGCAGUUCACUGCAUGCAUGGUCAUGGGAGAACAGGGACAAUGCUGGCCUGCUACCUGGUGAAGACCAGGAAGAUUUCUGGGAUUGACGCGAUCAACGAGAUCCGUAGACUGCGGCAAGGUUCAAUUGAAACUCACGAACAAGAGAAGGCAGUGGUGCAGUUUUAUCAGCGCAUUAAGUAACAU